ACUUUAGAUGUUCCGUUCCACAAAUUCAGCCGCAAUUCCCGUACAAAAAAAAUGAAUUUAACACCGAAGACUAUUUACAUCGCUGUGUUGCUAUUUGUAAGUGCAAGUGCAUUUAAAAUACAGCAAAAACAUUCGAGGAUCAUCAAUGGAUUUCCAAGUGAGCGAAACCAAUUUCCAUAUUAUGUUUGGAUGUUAGGAACCAUUAUGGAGGAUAACUCGACCAAUUACUGUGGCGGCAGUUUGAUAAGUGACGAAUGGGUCCUUACUGCGGCGCACUGUUUAAUUGACGUGUCUGUGAUGCGUAUACAUUUAGGAUUACUUAAAACGAUGCAAUUUGAUGAGCCGGGUCGAAUCGUUUUGACUGCUGAAAAAGGGCAAUACUUUUCACAUCCCGAUUUCCAAAUGAAUGGUGUCAUAAACGAUAUCGGCCUAGUGCGUCUUCCGAAACGGAUUAACUUUACUCCGAGCAUACAGAAAAUUAAAUUGCCAACAACAUGCGAUUCGAAUUCGAAUGAAAAUAUAGAUGUGAUUGGAAUAGGGAACGGAUUGACAGAUGAUGACAGUACUAAACCAUCACCAAUUUUGCGAUGGGCAUCGUUCAGAACAAUUUCACGUGAAAAAUGCAAUGAAGUAUUCAGAUUUUUGAACUUCAGAACCACAGUAAUCUGCAUAGAAAGUCCAAAAGAAGUUGGUUCCAGUAUUUGUCAUGGCGAUAGUGGGUCUGGAUUAAUACGAAGAAGCGACAAUACUUUGAUCGGUGUUGCCAGUUUCGUGGCGGACAGCGGUUGUGACAAUGGUUUGCCACAAGUUUUUACAAACAUUGUUGAAUAUCACCCAUGGAUAUCGAGCAUUACUGGAUUGGAUCUGAUCACGUGCUAAAUUGAAGGAAAAAAUUCAACAAAUUAAAAUGAUCACACCAAAAGAUGAUUUCUUAUCAUUUGCUAUAAUAAUAAUAAUAAUAAGUGCUGGGCAUUGUUUUCGAUUUCAUCAAAAAC